UCUAGCGGCCGCAUUCUGGAUUAGUUGUAGUUUCCGGGUCACCUUCAAAAUUAGCCCCACGUAGAGUGCAGGGUGGUGGAAAAACCACCAGGGUUAUGUUUUUAAAAGGGUGUUUUUGAAACGAGAUUCCUCUCUAGCGAAGGUUAAGCUGUGUAUUGGAAAGGGAAAUGGCUGCUUUUCCACUGGCCUUGCUUGACACUCAAGCCACCACCCCGGUCAACCUCUAACGGAAGAAGGAUGCUUAUAGAAAGGUAAACAGGGCACUCUUAUCUCGGAUCCAGGUGCCAAGGGGAGGGCAGGGUAUAAAGAUGCAGGGAAGUGAAGGACGGCCACAAGGAAUUGAACACCUGACGAAAUGAACCUCGCCCUCCUCCUAGUUCUCGUGGCAUCAGUGGGCACUGCCCAUGCUUCUGUCCUCCGGAACCUGUGGCAAUUCCGUAACAUGAUCAAAUGCACCAUGCCAACCAGUGACCCCCUCAGGGAUUACAACAACUACGGCUGCUACUGUGGUUUGGGGGGCAGCGGGACGCCAAUUGAUGCCCUGGACACCUGCUGCCAAAUCCACGACAACUGCUAUUCCGCAGCCAAGAAGCACCCGGACUGCACUUUCAUCCUGGACAAUCCUUACACAAAAACCUACUCCUACACCUGCUCUGGCACCGAAAUCACCUGUGCAGAAAAGAAUAACGAGUGUGAGGCUUUCAUCUGUAAUUGUGACCGCAGCGCCGCCAUCUGUUUUGCGGGGGUUCCGUACAACAAGGAUUACAAGAACCUGGAUACCAGCAAAUUCUGCAAGUGAUGAACUGGCAACCCAGUUCAAAAGGCUCCUCAAGCAGGGGAGCUAUCGGAGACCCGGCUUAAAAGAAAGCUUCGUGCUGAGUUUGUUUGCUGCUGCAAAUUUAGGAGGAUUGUUUUGUGUGAUUUUUUAUGAAGGUGUGCUGGUGGGUGGGUGAUUCCCUGAAAUCCUUUAAAUGUGCGAAUAAUAAAUAAAUGAAUGAACAAACAAA